AGUUGAACGCGGUUAGAGUAGUCCCCACAGAGAGCUUGUUUUCUAUGUUAAAGUUUUGUUGACAUUGACACUAGAAAUGUCUGCAAAUGAGUAUGGAGUUGUGGUGGAUUCAUGUCCACUUAGUGAGGUGAAAACAAGAGAGGCGGCGAGCAGACUGAAUUGCAGUGUUGAUGAAAACGGACGGAGUCGGUAUGUUUGUGUUCCCAAUCAAGACCUGUCAGCCCUCGUUGAGUUUUGUUAUACAAAAACAAUUGUUGGACUCUACCAAGCAGGUAAUUGUCUAAAAAUGAUUGGAAAUGGAUUUCUGGAUAAGAUUAGCUGUAAAAACUUUUUAGAGGGAUGUCCAGCAGAUCAUUUCAGAAGCACAGAUCUAUUCCAAUAUCCAGCUUGCCACCGCCUGAACACAGACAAGAGAUGUUUCCUUUUAGAUCCCACUUGCUCUCCCAAAACCAAUGAAACAGAACAAAAUUCUGAAUUUGGAAAAGAAGGCGCAAUCAUUGCUGUCACUGUAUCUGUCUUGAUCCUGAUGCUUCUAAUAAUCUUAACCAUCGCCUGUGUGUUAUGGAGACGCAGAAAGAGAAAAAAUCGGAACGAGAAUCGAGGUAUUUAA